AGAUGGCAAACAACGUAUCUAUUUAGAUGCACUCUACAAGCAAGGAAGAUGAAGGAUGUGGUAUUAAAACAUUGCUUUCCUACAUCCAGCUGGCUUGUUGUGUUCCCUUCAUUUCCAGAAUCCUUCUCACAGCAGCACGACUCCUGCAGUGGCUUUCUAUACAGAAGGGGGCUUGUGCACUCAAAUUCCUUGCCAUAAGAUAUAGCAAAGGCAUCCGUGUCUGAACGUGUGACAGCCUGAGUCCUUAGGAGAUCCAAACUAGCUGUAGUGUAUUUCUCUGACUUUGGGAAAUAUUGCUUGUCAAAUCUCCUGUAUUUAUUUAUUGCUAGUUCUGAACAGGCAUGUCUCCUUGAAGCACCAGUAACUGAUCAACCUUCAUUUAUCUUUUGUUGUCUAGCAGAAGGAAAGUAACUGAUUUGGAAAACUGGAAACAGACAAACUGGCUCUUUUCUCUAUAGAUGAUGGACAAUCAAGUGCCCAGCAGCUGCACUGUUUGCAUUGGCAAAAGGCAUGGACACCAACCCCUUCGGACCUUGUGAAAGGUGAAGCAGGUGAAUAGUUUAGGUGACACAGUGAAUAAAGAGAUACUGUGGCCCCUUUACCUGUCACUUCCUACUCCAACUUUGAAGAUCAGGGCUGUUGAAGAAGAACUGGUAAAUAUACACCUGAAUAAGUUUCAUUCUGCUCACCAUUUCUGAUAGCCUUCUCAGGACAAAAUCUCUUACUAGAGUGUUAGAACUGGCAUCCCAGAGUCAGUCACUUCUGAGUGUCUUUACAGUGGGCCAGAGGGGUAAAUUAAUUUUCAAAAUACAGCAAGCUUCAACAUAAAAGUGCCCUAGUUACUAGUUAAGAGUACUGCGAUAACUAAGUUUUAAAAGGAACAGCACCAUUAUUGGUCAUGCACAUGCUUGUUCAGUACUUUUUUAAUAUAAUUUUAACACAUACAGUGUGUUAUUCUUGUACAUAUUGACAAGAGUCAUAUAUAUUGUAUUUUGUAAGACUCUUAACAACAGGAGUUACUGCAAGAGCAUUUCAUACCCUGCUACUCCUAAGAAGUAAAAAGCAAAAACUCAGUCUGGACCUAAGGAAGAUCUAGGAAUGAUUCAGGAAAUGGGAAAAUCAUCCUCAGGGAAAGCAACUUGUCCUCUUGUACUGUGGAGAUUGGCAGAACUGGAACAAGUGAAUGGACUUUGCCUGCAUGGCAAAGAUAUACUACGGUUACCUUACUUUAUCAUCACGAUGUCACAAAUUAAAGCUGCUUUAGGGUCCUUUGUGGGGUGAGAAUUUCAUGGAGACUAUAGACUGGGGUUUGUUAAAAGACUAAGGAGAACUAAAACACAAAGCACUUGAUGUCAAGAAAUCCGACUAAAAUUUGAAACCUUUGUCUGAUGAACUUGUGAAAGUAGUUAUUUUUCUAACAUUCUGGUAUGAUCUGCAUGCCCGUUUGGUGAAGCACCACUGGAAUUACAAGCACUUUGUGAUAUCUGAGUUGCUACGAGCUGCAUACCAUACAUAUAAGGAAUCAUUUUAUUGCUGGCACUUGUCUAUGACUUUGCCCUGUGUGGAGCACCUUUUUCUUUGCCCUUACUCCAUGCAAUGCUGGUAAUUGAUGUACAGCUGUGCUUUGGAGGUGUACUACUGGCAGCAGUAUGAGGCUUGUUCUCAGCCCCCUGGACCUGUGCCAUGCCUUUCUCUGCAUUGGGCUUAUGCUGUUUGGGGAUGGUGGUGUAUCUUCAGUGCUGGCAUUGGGCGCUAGCAUUAUCUGCAGCAAGAUGCCAGGCCUGGCUCCACGUCAGCGAGCUUUUUGUCAGAAUCGUCCAGAUGUCAUGGUUGCAGUUGGUGCAGGGACCCGAAUAGGACUUGAGGAAUGCCAGUACCAAUUUCGUUACCACCGGUGGAACUGCUCCUCUUUGAGCGACCGGACAAUUUUUGGACAGGAACUAAAAGUAGGUAGCAAAGAAAUGGCCUUCACUUAUGCUCUUUUAUCUGCUGGGAUUGCAUAUGCCAUUACCAAUGCCUGUGGUCAAGGCAACCUUUCAGACUGUGGAUGUGACAAAGAAAAACAGGGGUUCUAUGACAAAGAUAAUGGUUGGAGGUGGGGAGGCUGUUCAGCUGAUGUCCGACAUGGAAUCAUGUUUUCCCGGGACUUUGUGAAUGCCAGGGAGGUGAAACGCAGUGCUCGGACCCUUAUGAACCUGCAUAACAAUGAGGUGGGCAGAAAGACCUUGGAGAAAAGUAUGAAGCUGGAAUGCAAGUGCCAUGGAGUGUCUGGAUCCUGCACCAUGAAGACCUGUUGGAUGACACUGCCAAACUUCCGUGAGAUUGGUUUUACCCUGAAGGAGAAAUACAAGAAGGCUGUUAUGGUGGAGCCAUAUCGUGCCCGGCGUCAGCGUCAGCCAGCCUUCUUAAUAGUCAAAGGGCCACACAGUUACCAAAAACCAACAGAAACAGACCUGGUUUACACUGACUAUUCACCUAGUUUUUGUGAGGAGGAUUUGGUGACAGGCAGCUUGGGGACAAAAGGACGAAUGUGUAAUAGGACUUCAACUCUUGAGGAUGGCUGUGCACUGCUCUGUUGUGACAGAGGUUAUAACACAUUUCGCUACACGAGGACAUGGCAGUGCAACUGCAAGUUUCACUGGUGCUGCCAUGUGACAUGCAAUACAUGCAGUGAAAGGACAGAUGCCUAUGUAUGUAACUGAGAAGAACAGAGAGUGCUUAAGCAGGAACACCUUAUUUCUUAAACAUGGUAAGAUGGUGGAUAGCAUUUGCAAGAGCAGCACUGCCACAGCACCAUGAAAGUGGUCAGAAUGACUGUACUGCUUUUAAGUCAGACUCUAGUAUUUUUUAACUUUCCAGAGUCUAAUAUGAUUCUAUUAAUUAUAAAGAUAAGCUCAGAUGUAAUCACUGGAAAAAAACACUUGCAUUGCUCAGAUGCACAAAAGCUGUUUAGCAGCAGAUAUCCUAUGUAAAACCGCACUGGAGAUGUUCCUAAUGGAGACUUCUGGCAAGGAUAAGUGAACAUUAGCAUUGAUCCAUGUUCUAAUAGCUGGCAUAAAGUUAUUUGGCACAAGGCUAUCAUGCUACUAUGACCUAGUACUGAAUCAGAUUGUUCCACAGUGAAAAAGCAGUAUGGGGGUGUUACAGAUAAACAUCUGAAUGGGACCUCUCAGUGUGGAGGUGUUACAGAUAAACAUCUGAAUCGAACCUGUCAGGGAAUAGGUGGUCUCCAUGGCCUCUCAGCACCACUUUUGUUUGCAAUCAAAUGCACUCUAAGAUUGUUUUCUUCCUCUGAUAUCUCAGCAGGUACAGAGCCAGUGAUGUGUUAACAUGUGCCAUCUACUUAAUAAACAUCAUAGUGGUGGGAGAAUGCCCCUACAAACUUCAAUUCAUAUGCUUUACAGGAUGCUUGUAUGUUGUUAACAUCUGUAUGAACAAUAUACCACCAAACGUAAUGAGAGUGUUUUAGGGUAAGAGAAGGUUUCAUGAUUCCAAGACUAUUAAAGGGUGGGACGAAGAAGAAUAAAACUCCAUUCAUCGUCCAAGUCUGCACUUAGUAUACAACAUCUCAACUUGCUGUUUGGUCAAACAGGUUGUGCUGUGCACUUCUGAGCUAAGGAGAACUCACAGGAUUAGCAGCUUAGCUGCAUGGGAAGUAUGCUGAUAUGAUCCCCUCCUUAUACUUUAUAAUGUGGGCUAUUUCAUACACUACUUUGCUCAUGUAGUCAAAAUUAUGAACCAAGCAUCUGUCAAUUAUAAGAUCUACUUAUCUGAUUGGCAACUACCUUUGCAAUAAGACAGAUUUCCUACCACUGUGUUUGUUAUAUGCUCCAAUUAUGUGUC